CUCAUUAAAAUUAUCACUAUAUAUGACUUCAUUGUAGCUCCCAAAAAAUAUAGAACAACGUAGGGGAUCUUUAAAAGAAAUCUCAGUUUUCACUUCUUAAAAGGAGAUUGCUUGGCUUUUGGUUCUGUAAAGAAGAUUUCAGCAAUUUUUGAUAUGGGCUCGCGAUGUUAUAGCUUUAUAGGGGCUAUUCUUGUUGGAAUUCUCAUGUUUCAUGGCUUUGUUCACGCAGAAAAAGCUCCAAACUACACAUUUGUCAGAGAAGCAACUUCAGCCCCAGCAAUCACAUAUUACGACUACAUAAUCAUUGGCGGAGGGACCUCUGGGUGUCCACUAGCAGCAACACUUUCACAAAAUGCAAGGGUCUUAGUCCUCGAAAGAGGAGGAUCUCCUUACGGCAAUCCAAAUAUAACCAACAUAGAAAAUUUCUCAGACACUCUUUCGGAUACGUCUCCUACAUCUCCUACUCAACAAUUCACUUCCGAAGAUGGUGUGCACAAUGCUCGAGCACGCGUUUUAGGCGGUGGAACCGCCUUGAAUGCUGGAUUCUACUCGCAUGCUAGCACUUGCUAUGUAAAGGAAGCUGGUUGGGACGAGAUAUUAGUGAACAAAUCUUAUGAAUGGGUGGAAAAGUUGGUGGUGUUUAAGCCACCAAAGGUAGAGUAUCAAGUUGCUGUGAGAGAUGGUUUGCUUGAGGCUGGGGUGUUGCCCUAUAAUGGGUUUACGUAUGAUCAUUUGAAUGGGACAAAAAUUGGAGGAACGAUUUUUGAUAAGAAGGGUCAUAGACACACUGCGGCAGAUUUGCUUGAGUAUGCUGAUCCAAGAAAGAUUACUGUUUAUUUGCAUGCAACUGUGUACAAGAUCUUUUUUAGGUAUAAUAAUGGAACAGCAAGACCACAAGCUUAUGGUGUGGUUUUCAAGGAUGCAUCGGGAGUGUUUCACAAAGCAUACUUAAUGAAGAACUCGAAUUCGAUGAAUGAGAUAAUAUUAUCAGCCGGUGCAAUUGGAAGCCCACAACUAUUGAUGUUGAGUGGUAUUGGGCCCCGUGACCAUCUUCAGGCCCAUGGGAUCAUGGUAGUAUUGGACCAACCCUUGGUGGGUCAAGGAAUGGCUGAUAAUCCAAUGAAUAUUCUCACGAUUCCCUCUCCAAUUCCAGUUGAAGUGUCUCUGGCCCAAACUGUGGGCAUCACUAGGUUUGGUAACUAUAUUGAAGCAAUCAGUGGACUGAGUCUGAGUUUUUUACUUUCUUCUUCGGCUCAAAGACUUUCUAGAGACCCAGGGCUGUUCGUAAAUAAGACUGACCAGCCCUUCACAGUGCCCACAAAAGCAAUGGCUGAAGCUGCUGAAAUCAUAAAUGCCAUUGCCAAGGCGAGUUUUAAAGGUGGUGUGAUAGUUGAAAAAGUCAUAGGUCCCCUCUCCACUGGCUAUCUCGAGCUUCGGAACACAAAUCCGAAUGACAAUCCAGCAGUUACCUUUAACUAUUUCAAAGAACCAGAGGACCUAAUGAGGUGUGUUCUAGGCAUGAGGACCAUUAUAGAAGUUGUAAAUACAUAUCCAUUUUCAAAGUUCCGGUAUAGCAACAUGACAGUGCAGGCACUGAUAGAUAUGAUGGUGAGUUUACAAUUGAACAAGAGGCCGCGACAUCCUAGUGCUAGGUUUUCCUUGGAACAGUUUUGUAUAGACACGGUCAUAACCAUUUGGCAUUUCCAUGGAGGUUGCCAAGUUGGUAAGGUUGUUGAUCGUGAUUAUAAGGUUCUUGGUGUGGAUGCGUUAAGGGUCAUUGAUGGCUCAACAUUUUUACGCUCACCUGGGACUAAUCCUCAAGCUACUGUUAUGAUGCUUGGAAGGUAUAUGGGAGAGAAGAUUUUGCAUGAAAGAUGUUCACAUGGGAGGAAGUAGAAGAUGAUUUUAUACUUAGAUUUUACAAGCAUCAGGGGGGGCUUAAUACAUUUGGAGGCUUAAGGUGAAAAUUGAAAUCAAUGCCUUUUAUAUUUUUAAAUAUGACUUUUAAAAAAAUAAAUAUUACUUAAACUCUAUUAUUUUUUUUUAGAUGCAAGAUUAUUACCAAUUGUGAAGUUGUAAUUUACAACUAUGUGUUUUGUUGGCUUUAUUCCGUGCCAAAUUUGAUUAUAAUUUCAUUCAAUCUGUUGUACCCUGUAUUUAUUGUGGGAUUUAAUUGUAAGGGUUGUGUGAAAGAGAGAGAGAGAGAGAGAGAGUGUGUGAAGACUCAAGCUAUUGAAGACAAAAGAGUUUUCGUGGGUAGCUCGUGACUAAGCAUCCCGCGAAAUGAUGCAUGUGCCCUGCACAUGACUGGAAUGCGAAGAGUCAGGAUAGAUGGAGACAGCUGUGUUUCGCGAGUAUCUCGUGGGUAAGGCCUUCCCGCGAGACAUUCUAUUCUGCCAAUCUGUACUAUCUAAUACACAUCUUUUGUACCCAUACUUUAUAUACCCUCAUUACCCACAAUUGUGGAGGAGUGCUUCUGAGGGAAAACUCUAGCCAAAAACCUUGAGAGUUAGAGAUUGCUAUACACACAUAUCUCUACACAUUUGCUUGUGGAUUUCCUCAACUCCUACCUCGCAAUAUCCAUAUCAUUGAAAGGUUGAUAGUCCAAACACUUACCACACCCUUCCAGAGUGUCAAGUGAGAAUUUGGUGUUGCUGGGAAGUAUUGGAAGAAGCCAAGGAUGGUAGAUGCAACAUGGUGCUUGUUGCGGGAUCCGAAAAGCUAGACAAGACACGAUUCCGAGUAGCCUUGUUGGAGUAGGAGCUUGGAGGACUUAGGUACAUCAGGUAGAUUAAGCUUGGAGGGUCUCUUGCUAACCCAUGUAUUCAAACUAAUUGUCUAGUGGAUCGAUUACCACUUGGAGGGCGGCGGAGAGGUUUUUCGCCAAAUUCUUCGGUUUCCUCUUCGAUAACACAUCGGCGUGUUAUCUUGUAUUUGCAUCUCUCUUCCCUUAAUCUUUGCCAUUUAAUUUCUGCUGUGGAUGUGAUUUUAUUUGGUUUAGAUUAUAUUAUCAAUUCUGUUUUAGCUUAUUUA